AUGGAGUUUGUUCCAACCUUUCAGACUGCCGGCAAGGACCACGAUGUGUUUGUCAAUCACGGCGGCGCGUACUGGCUCAACCCAGUACCGCACGGCACGUUCCGCUCACGCAGUGCAUGCACCAUAAUGAAGGCAACGGAAACCAUUGACCCUUUUGGCAACCCCAAACGACCCGACAGGCCCAUUGUGUUUGGAUUGUCCCGGUACAGCACCGCCGACGACAGGCUCAACGCCGCAAAAGGGGAAACAAACGGUGAUGACACCGAGAUAGUGGCCGAUAAUAGGCGUGUCGAAGGUGUGGCCAAAGGCACGGAUGCCGCUAGCGCGUUUCCACGAAUGCAUACGGAUAACAGGGACGAAGUUGACUCUCAUGACACUUUGCCCUUGCCUGCGCCGCCGUCUACCGACGCACGCAGUGCAGAAGCCACUGCUGUUAACGGUGACAAAGUGUCUUAUUCAAGCGAAGCAGUGGUUCGUGAGAAACUUCCACUUGAUACCGCCAACCCUGAGCGCCGCAUUUUGCAUCCAGGCAAUCACACAAUUCGCGUCACUCCCACAGGUGGAACCGCGUACAAUGGCACCGUCGGCGAGUCAUGGACGGCACCGAGAGCGGUAGAUGGAACCUAUCUGCGUCUAGCCCCACUGUAUGAGAGCACAACGCACUACCAGCUACGCACUGGCCUCUACUACACAGAGGAUGAGGCCCCGGCACACGGCAUGACGCUACCGCCCAACAGCUCUCUCCCUACACGUGAAUGGUAG